AUGCCCUCUUCCUCCUCCUCUUCAUCCCCUUCUCCGUGGGCUGACCAGCCGUUUGAGCUGAUACCAACCCUUGAGUUUUCCAACAAUACAUCACACGCCGCCAACUAUGUUGCAACACAAAUGGCCCUGGCCCACAAUGGCAUCCUUCGGGGAUUGAACUCCAUCUCGCUCCAGGCGACUCAUAUUCCAGCCAACGAUGUGAUUACGGUUCGUGACUUCUUGACAUACUGUCAAUGUUGGUGCGAAUCCAUGCAUCACCAUCACGACGCCGAAGAAGCUGUCUUCUUCCCAGUCAUCGAGUCGAUAUCUGGAGUUCAGGGACUCAUGCAAGCUAAUGUCGAGCAACAUCGGGCUUUCUCGCCGGGAUUCGACCGCUUUCAUGAAUACUGCCGAAGAUGCCCUCCCACCGAAUAUGACGGAGGUACGAUGACAAAACUAAUACAAGGCUUUGCCGAACCCUUGACAAGACACCUGCAUGACGAGGUCGAGACUCUGCGGGCUCUUGACCAGUAUGACAGCAAACAAGUUAAGCAGGCAUACCAACAGUUAGAGAAAUCCCUGAUGGCUACGGACAAUCAUCGGAUCGCUCCUCUUGUAUUUGGGACCGCGGACCGGACCUUUGAAGGCAGCAUCCACAACUUCCCCCGUGUACCAUUCUUUGUUCCUUGUGUCAUUCACUACUGGUAUGGCAGACGACAUCGUGGCGCUUGGCGCUUCAAUCCUUGCACGAUAUGGAGGGAUCCACGAGAUUUGGCCUUUACCAGUGCACCCACAGCAGCUUGAAGGAGACACUAUGCUUGUAACGCUGUCUAUGGGCAUGCAGUUGGUUCCGCUAUUCACACGUUCCCUGGUUAUACCCU